UUUUCACAAAUGUAUGUAUAUUAACGUGAUCUGACGAUGAAUACGUCAUCCUUAAGCUGACUGGUAUAUGUGGAUAGAGAGGCAGAGCUUAUGAAAAGCGACAGAAAAAAGCCGGACUCCUUGUUUCGUAAAGCAUGUCUGCAUUCCAGUCUUGAGGUAGACAAAACGCCCGCAUCAGGUUGGACUCACUCAAUCUCCUCAUCCUUACCCUGAAAAUGAGAAGAGCAAAGACUACCUCGUAACAGCACGAUUAAUGAAAGAACUUGAAAUCAACAUUAAAAGAAGAAACUGUUAUAUGAUGCGUGAAAUGACCUGUUAUCUGCUGAGAAUAAUGACCAAAGCGGGCACCGCUAGAACGCGCUAACGGGAAAAACUACGCUACGACAUUGAGAAUACGGGGUAUGCAGACGCGUGAAGAGGUAACCGUGGAAGCUCGUGAGGCUAAUUUGAAAUCUCGGGGGAAAUAAACGGCUAGCCUUUGCGCUGUUUUUGAGAUCGCAUAUUAAAACGUGUAUGGUUACCGUGGUUGUAUAUGAGCGUGGAAAUGAGUCAAAAUCGGGCUGGACAUGAUGGGAAAUCGACCACAGUAGAGGGUAAUGGAACCGAUGGUAAUAACAGCGGCAGCAACGUCGGUGGUACCUCCAGGCUGCAGCAGUGUGGCCAGCCUCAAAGUUGCCGGACCAGGGACAUGCGCUCCCAGCAGCAGGGUCGACACCACGUUGGAUCAAUCGUAAAGCAGCCACCACAAACUGAACCUGCGGACCUAGUGAGACGUGCGUUAGACUUCAAGACACAAGGCACACAGUGUUACAAGGAUAAAAAAUACAGGGAGGCGAUCGGCAAGUACCACCGCGCGCUACUCGAAAUGAAAGGGUUGUGCCGGGUGUUGGGAGACCCCGAUGCCAGCUGUAAGUCGCCCUCUUCGGCACUGCCAACUAUAAGCAAGUCUACUCUAACAGAUGAGCAAAAGGGCGCCGUGGAAAACGCCGAACUCGAAUGUUACAACAGCCUUGCAGCGUGCCUGUUGCAGAUGGAGCUUGUGAACUACGAGCGCGUUAAGGAGUACUGCCUGAAGGUCCUUAGGAAAGAAGGGGAGAACUUCAAAGCGUUGUACCGCUCCGGGGUAGCCUACUACCACCUGGGGGACUUUCAGAAGGCCCUCUACUACCUGAAAGAGUCGCACAAGCAACAGCCAUCAGAUACCAACGUUAUCCGCUACAUCCAGUUGACAGAGAUGAAGAUCCGCCGUAGCGCGCAAAGGGAGAAGGAGGCCUAGUAAACAGAGGUUGCUGUUGCCAUGGAAACACUGCCACAAAAGCUGUGCACCAACACUGCAACCUGGCAAUGUCCACACCUUUUUUUGGGAUGACUUUUCACAAGCCACAAAUUCCUGUUGUAUAGGUGCCAAUAUGAGCCAAACCUCCCUCUGUUGGAUUUCGGAGCUUUGGGGUGCAAGGUGCAUGUUUGUGUUGGCUUUGUGCAGCCAUUUUACAAUUUGUCUAUUUUAUUGUUGGAAAUACACACACACACACACA